AUGUCAGCUGUGGAAGCAAGUGGGGAUGCAAGUGCUGAGUGUGUGGAUGCCCACGCAACUGGGAUCCCCGAGCCGGCCUUGACAGGUCCGCCGACAGCCGUUGUGCAGUCUGAUACAGGUGAGAGUGUGGCUCAUCCAGCUGUUCCGGUGCCCGUGACCGAUGCUGUUGCACCGGCUGCUGCAGUGCCAAGCUUGUUGCCCCCGCAGCAAAACCCACCCGGUGCACUUCAGCGCGUGUGCACCAGUGAUUCUAUCACGACUUGUGCUUCAACCAUUGCCACCCCCCCGCCGAACCGACCACACCCUGGGUCUCCGCCGUCAUCCACGGAGAAGCUUCCUCUUCCUGCAGACAGGAAGCGAGCUAUCCUGCAGGCUCUCGAGAGUGAGUGUGCAACCAUUGAGAUGCUGCUUAAGGCCAAAGGGGACUUAGCCGCGAAGAGGGCAUUCGAAGCUGCCCGAGAGCGAGUGCCAGAGCCGAGUAUGGGUGUCGACCAUAUCGACACGUACCCCAUGGACACCGGUGUGGCCGAGGAUGUGUUGCAAGCUGCACGGAUCGAAGUUCACCAGCGUGAACUGCAGCAGUCGGUGCAGGAAGAGUCUCAGCCAAAGCCAGAGCUUUCGGCUGAUCUUCGUGGCACAACCUUGAUUUUGGGGCAGGUGCGACCUGAACCGGAGCAGGGGGAGGCCGAAGACGACAACAGGACUGUUUACUUCGAUGCCGAAGAUUUGGCUUUCCCAGAUGACAGUCGGGUCGCUUAUGAGGAGCCAAAGCCCAUUGAGCCUUCGGUGGCGACAGAGGAGCCAUCACAUGAGAAGCCCAGUGAGACUUCGAUGGCUAUAGAGGAGCCGUCAGAUGAGAAGCCCACUGAGCCUUUAUUUGCUGCAGAGGAGCCGACAGAUGAUGAGCCAUCAGAUGAGGAGGCUAGCGAGGCUUCGGUGGCUAUGGAGGAGCCGUCAGAUGAGAAGCCCAGUGAGAAUUUGGUGGCGACAGAGGAUGCGCUUUUGGUGGCUGCAGAGGAGCCGACAAAUGAGGAGCCAUCAGAUGAGGCUAGCGAGGCUUCGGUGGCUAUGGAGGAGCCGUCAGAUGAGAAGCCCAGUGAGAAUUUGGUGGCGACAGAGGAGCCAUCAGAUGAGAAGCCCAUUGAGCCGUCGGAUGAGACACCCGACGAGCUUUCGGUGGCUACUGAGGAGCCAGCAGAUGAGAAGCGCACUGAGCCUCCUUCUGAAUCCAGAGGCUCAGUUCAGCCACCCCUUCCGAUGCCCGCUUGUGCCCGACAUUUGGCUGUUGUCAGCCCAGCCGAACAGAGUGCAGGCCAAGCAGCCAAGAAAGAAUCUGGCAAAGGCCGCGGUAGGGGCCGUGGCAGAUCCAAGAAAGGAUCUGGCAAGGGCUGUGGUAGGGGUCGUGGCAGCUCCAAGAAACCUGGCAAGGGCCGUGGCAGAUCCAACAAAGGAUCUGGCAAGGGCCGCGGCAAGGGCCGUGGCAGAGGCUGUGGUGGAAAGGCCAGCAAGCCGUUGCCGAAUGAGGAGGCCUUGGCGGGUGUGCCCACCCGCAGUCGUGGAAGAGGCCGUGGCCGUGGCCGUGGCAGUGAGGGGCCGGAUGCCAUGGCGUCUGAGGCCAAUGGCCACGAGGAGGGUGAUGACAAGCUGUGCAACCGCAAGAAGGGUGCUGUGCCAAAGACCAAGCCGAAGGCUGAGAAGCCUAAGAAGGGUUCCGAGGUUGAGGAGACGCGGAAGGGAUCAGCAAAGGCCAAGUCGCGGAAGGCCAAGCCGAGCGAUGAUGAGGAUACAGCUGCUCGCGGGGAGUGUGAAGAGGCAGAGCCCAAGCGCAAGAAGGGGAAGAGGGAUCAGGAGGUUGUGGCGCCGGUUUUUAAGGAGUCCGUGCCCAAUCGCAAGAAGGGGAAAAGGGCUCAGCCGGCCGAGGAGGCAGCCCCUGAGGCUGCCCCUAAGCGCAAGAGGGGCGCUGCUCAACCCGAGGAGGAGCUGACAGAAGAGCAGAAGCAGAAGAAGCAGCUGAAGAGCCGCAAGAGUUGUGCUUACCACUGGGCCCGCCUUAACGCCAUCAACCUAGGGUUUUCAGAGGAGGAAGCCAAGAAGCAGGGCUUACAAGGACACCGUGUGAAUGAGAAGAUGACGUGCCUCGUCCUCUUCGUGCUGGAGCACUCGUCAGCCCGAGGGUUUCGUGUGGCCACGAUUGACAUCAACCGGUCGCCUCACAUGAACAUGCUCUCUGAUGCUGGCUUCUUGUGCUGUGAGAAGAUUCGGCAGCUGUUGGUGGAGAAAGGAAGCUUUGACAAGGUGGAGCUUGUUGUCAAGCAGUGGCAGGAGAGGAAGAAGACGGAAGAGGUCGCAGGAGGCUAUGUCACCAAGAAGACAAUGGCUGACAAUGCCUUCAAGUGGGCAGCCCCUCGCGGCAGAUGCCGCAAGAAUAUCAUCACAGGAGAGGAGGAAGCGGACAUUCCCCUUGAUGAGAAGUGGCAGGUCAAGAAGGAGCAAGGCCAGCGUCUGGAGUUCGAGACCGGAUGCGAAAUGGAUGAUCCGAAUGGCAGCCUGCUUGAAGAGACGGGCUUCUCUGGUGAGGAUCAUCUCCAGGAUUUCGCAGGCAGCUCUGAGGCUCUGCCUGCGGUGUCAGACAAGUGUCUUGCUCUGAAGACGGCCAGGAUUGCGAACGACAUGACGAAGUCCCUGGAAAGCCUCCAAAAGAUCUAUGAUGAACUGCUGAAGAAGCAGGCUUUGGCAGCAACUGCCACGACGGAAGACGAGCUAACCAAGAUGACUGGCUGA